GGGACGCCGCGCUCCUCCUCCUCCUCAGGGGGCGCUCUCGGCAACGGCGAGGCCGUCAUGGGCGACCGGCGCUUCCCCGCGGAGCUGCUUCCCCGCUGACUGAGCCCCCCUCCCGGCUCCUCCCCGCCGUCCGCCCGGCCAUGGCCGCCACCUCACGCGAGCCGCCGCGGGACGACGACGUCUACGACGAGGCCGUGAGGGGGACCUGCGACGACGCCUCCCUCUGCAAGCGGUAUGCUGUAAGCAUCGGGUACUGGAAAGAUCCGUACAUUGAGUAUUUUGUGAGACAGCCGAAAGAGAGGAAGGCGCCUGAAAUCAGCCGAGGAUACUAUGCCCGUGUCCAUGGCGUCAGCCAAUUGCUGACAGCGUUCUUGAAGAAGACGGAGUGCAACUGCCAAAUUAUAAACCUUGGUGCUGGCCUGGACACCUUGUUCUGGAAGCUGAAGGAUGAAAAUUUGCUUCCCAAAAAGUAUUUUGAAGUCGACUUCCCAACUAUCGCAACCAGGAAGAUCCACAACAUCAAAUCGAAGCCUUCCCUGUCAAAACCAAUCAUGGAAAGCCAUUCAGGGGAGUCUCUCCUAAUAGACGCUCACAGUCUGGACUCCAGCCGGUACGCCAUAAUUGCCGCAGACCUUCGAGAAUUGCCAAAACUAGAGGAAAGUCUGAAGAAAUGCAGCAUGGAUCCACAUCUGCCCACCCUCCUGAUAGCGGAAUGCGUCCUGAUCUACAUGACCCCCGAGCAUUCUUCCUGCCUGCUCAGGUGGGCCUCCAGCACCUUCUCCGCUGCCAUGUUUGUAAAUUAUGAGCAGGUGAACAUGGCCGAUCGCUUUGGGCAGAUCAUGGUGGAGAACUUGCAGAGCCGGCACUGUAACCUGGUUGGUGUGGAGGACUGCAGAACUCUGGAGACCCAGAGGGCACGGUUCCUGGCAAAUGGCUGGGAGACGGCCAACGCCAUGGACAUGAUGAAAGUCUACAGCUGUCUGCCGCCGGCUGAUGUCAAAAGGAUAGAGGCCCUGGAGUUCCUUGACGAAAAGGAGCUGUUGGAGCAGCUGAUGCAACACUACUGCCUCUGCUGGGCAACCAAGGACACCUGCAGUCUGGGUCUUGCAGACAUCGGCCUGUAGCGCGUUUGCUCCAGUGGAGCUCUGGAGCUGGAGGCCAGCCUGCUGCCUGCUCCCCCCCCCCCCC